UUGAGAUCGGUCUACAUGAAACACUUAAUAGACAGAGAAUGUUAAAAGUAACCAAAAUCUCAGCUUACAAAGUUAAAGUGACCUUGAGACAUUUUUGUUCAUUAGCCAAUCAGAAAGCAGGUAUUAUGGAUGGAUUGUUUACAAUAGAAAACAAGUACAUUUAGAAUGCUGAUAAGGGAUUUUUGUUUUUAAACUUGAAGUUUGGUUUCGAAAUUCGUCUACAUCGCUCCAGAUCAUUUAGCCUCGCGAAAAUUCCCAAUCUCCCAAGUUUGGGGAAAUAUUGGGGAAUUUCCCCAGGUCUGAGGAAAUUUCGGGGUCUUAGUGCCAUUUCCAUGAAGUUUACUAUAGCGGCUCCCCCAAACUCGGUCAAAUUUUCCCUAAAAUUGGGAGCUCGGGUUUGUUCCGGCAUAUAUUUAUCUGCAUGAAGGUGUAGUUACUGAUUCUAGAGGUUCACUCUACACCAGAAGGAAUGAUGGUAAAAGAUAAGAAUCGUCCUAAACCACCGAUGACACCAUAUGCAUGUUUCGUGCAAGUAAUACGUGAGGAACAUCGAAAAAAACAUCCGACAGAAAAUGUUAUUUUCAGUGAAUUUUCCAAGAAAUGUGCAGAAAAGUGGAAGCUCAUGAAUUUGGAACAACGAAAGUGUUUUGAGGAAAUGGCAAAAUUAGAUACGGAGAGAUUCAAUCGGGAAAUGGCUCAUUAUAUACCACCAGUCGGAAUGAAGCGAGGUCGUAGACGGCGACGUAUCAAAGAUCCAAGUAUGCCUAAACGUUCAUGGUCAGCAUUUUUCUUCUUUUGCGAUGCAUUUCGAUCAAAAAUUCGUAGUGAGCAUCCCGAUUGGAAGGUUAGCGAUAUUGCCAAGGAGUUAGGUAGACGAUGGGAAGAGUGUUCCGAUAAAGAGAAAUACGAAAGACGCGCACAGAAUGACAAAUUACGUUAUGAACAAGAUAUGGAGAAAUAUAAAGCUGGAUUGUAUGUGGCGACCAAACGUGCUCGAGUUGGCGAUCAAACGAAAUCAAACGAGAUACUGUCAUGCUUAAACAAUCAGUCACAUCAUAAGGAAUUAGGUGAGGCAAGUCAAAUUUCAAAUGAUGAAGUAGGACGAGGUGAUGGAGACGAUGAUGAUGGAGAUGAAGAUGAUGUCGAUGAUGAUGAUGAUGACGAUGAAGAAGAAGAGGAAGAGGGUGAUGGAGAAGAACAAGACGAUGAAGAUAAUGAACAACAACAGUCAAACAGAUCUAACACUCAUGAAAUACCUGUUUGUGGUGAUCACAAAACACCAGAACAAAUUGUCUCCAGUGAUACAAGUAGUAUUAUUAUAAAUACAGGAAAUUAGAGUAUAUUUAUGUUUAUGUAAAUGUUUCUCACUCUCUCUCUCUCUCUUUAUCAUUUCAUAUAUUAUUGAAACAUAUAUUGUCAUUGAUUCUUUGUUGGCCAUUUUUCUUUCUUUUUUACAUAAUGGAGUCAAUAGACCCACCGAUACAAAUGCAUUUAUUCCUUACCAUUUCUGACUCUCAUUUAUUUUAUACUUGAUACAUUUUGUUUUCCUUAGUUUUAUAUCGAUAGAUGAUUUUUAAAUUGUGUCCUUUGGAUUGACAAAGAAAACACCUCAAUCGCUAAUAUAUAUGUAUAAUACCUCUACUUAUUUCUUACAUCGCUUUGUUUUUUAUAUGUUAAUUUUUAAUUUUAAUUUCAUUAUACGGUCGUCAGGUUGAGUGCUAAUGGUACCAGUUAUAAUAAUAACUAUAAUGAUCAUUAUUAUCACUAUUUGAGUCUCAUAUUUUCAUUGACUUUGCUUUUUUUGCUAGGCAUUUAACUUUCAUCUAAUAUAUAUAUAUAUAUAAUUGAUUUAUUUUGGUUGCUACGAUAGAUAUUUAUGGAUAUAAUUGAGUUUUCUGUAUCCAGUUAGUUUAAAAUUUAUUGCUUUUGUAGAAUAUAUGAAAAUUGUUAACUUUCACAUUCAAGUACAGCUUUAUAUGUUAAUUAAUGAACUAUAUGUAUGGUGUCAAAGCAAGUAAUAUAUCUGUAGUUCACAA